AUGACUAACUCCGAGGUCUCCGACUCAAAUGAAGCACGGAGGAGGCCCUGUGUAAGGAAAUUGAUCGAGUUGACUGCUCGCCCUUUACCGACGACAUGGAACGAGCUCCGCCGCCGAAACGCUCAGGAUUGGUUCCACACCCUACCGUCCACGUCAAUAGGCAACUUCAAGGAGUUCGCCAUCAUUUUCACAAAGGAGUACACCUCCUACAAGACGGUCAGAAAGCAUGCAGACCACCUGUUCAACCUGCGCAAGAAGCCAGACGAGUCUCUACGAGACUACCUGAGACGGUUUAAGGCCGAGAAGGCUAACAUCAUAGGAUGCGACGACCAAGUUGCAUCCUCAGCUUUCAAGGGCUUGCCAACCGAGCACGAGCUAUACCGGGAGCUGGCCAUAACUCCAAGUCAAACCUUGGCAGAAGUGUUCGCGACGGCGGAGCGCUACGCACUUUGGGACGAUGAUCGUAUCUCCGCAAAGAAAGCUAGCAAGCAAGUUGACCACUCGACGAAGCAGGCAAGCCAAAAGAGCAACAAGUUCGAGCAAAAAGCCCGAGAUAAGCGUAAAUCGCGGCCCUAA